AUGGAGGUCAAAGACAUCGACAAGUAUUGCCCUCGAGGAAUCUCUCCAAACGCAUCAAAUUACAUCACUCAUCCCUUUAAUGGAACAUGCUUACAAAAGUUCUUCUCUCAGCUUCAAACUUCACUUCGCAGGUUCAAUCAAUGGGAAGAAAUUCUUUAUACGACGGUAUACAUUAUUAUCUCAGUGGCUGCUGUGAUUGGUAAUGGCUUAGUGAUACUAGCCGUUGUUCGGAAAAAAUCAAUGAGAACUAAUAGAAACGUUCUUAUCUUAAACCUGGCUCUCUCAAACCUGAUACUUGCUCUCACAAAUAUUCCGUUUUUAUGGCUGCCGUCAAUUGAUUUCGAAUUUCCGUAUUCUCGGAUAUUCUGCAAAUUUGCAAACGUUCUUCCGGGAAGCAAUAUUUAUUGCUCAACUCUAACAAUAUCGGUCAUGGCAAUUGACAGAUACUAUUCCGUGAAAAAGCUGAAAAUCACAUCAAACCGGAAGCAGUGCUUUCAAGCAGUCGGUGUUUCCGCAGUCAUUUGGGUUGUGUCAUUUAUCCUAUCUCUUCCACUUCUCCUUUACUAUGAGACCACAAUGCUAUAUGUCAUGAAAGAAAUUAAAGUCAUGGAUCCCGAUGGAAGAGAAGUGAACAGAAGCUAUGGCUGGAGGCAAUGCCGCUUAAUGGCUACUGAGUCCUCAUUAUUUAACAUAGAGACCCAGAGUAUUACGUUAAUGAUGUCAGUACUCCAAGUCGUUUUUCUUUAUGUUGUUCCACUGUUCGUACUUGCAAUUUUCAAUUUAAAAUUGACGCGAUUCCUCAAAACGAAUGCCACCAAAAUGAGUAAAGUGCGCACUGCACCAAGAAGAGAAGACAACAAUUCUCUUAAUAAAUUCAUAAGCCCUUCACUACGAUCGCCAUCUAUGCCAUCAAUUCGAAGUUCAAUUACGGAAAGGCAUGGAUCGACAAGGAGGGCGAGCCGCACAACAUCGCUACUUAUUGCGAUGGCUGGUAGCUACGCAGCAUUGUGGUUUCCAUUCACAUUAAUCAGCUUUUUGCUUGAUCUGGAUCUUUUGAAUACACAAGCUAAUGUUGGAUUGGUUGAACGAAUCGAUCAAACCUGCAAAAUGAUUUCAAUGCUUUCAAUUUGCGUCAACCCAUUCCUUUACGGAUUUUUGAAUACUAAUUUCCGGCAUGAAUUCGCAGAAAUUUACUAUAGAUACAUAAGAUGUCAAACGAAAUCACAGACACCAUCACGGCUCAAUAAUGAGUUUUCCUCUAUUGCCCAUAAUAGACAAGACUCGAUGUAUAAUGAUGAUAAUUCUUUACUGCCAUCAAGAACCUCGUCGGCAACAAAUCCAGUCAUUUCACCACGGGAAUUCAACCAGAAAACAACUAAGACUAGCUUUCGCACUCAAUCUGUGAAAACAAAACUCAUUGACGAUAGAGUUCUUCUUGAUGAAGAUGUCGAAAAGGACAGCUUCGUUUAA